AUGGAGAAGGCAGCGCAGCAGCAGCAUCCCGCAUCCCACGCCCCCGCGUGGGCGCCCCCUGCCCGGCGCCCACGGGGCUGGGCACCGCCCGGGACCCGCCGGGGCCGCGGGACACGCCGGGGCCGGGGGACACGCCAUGCUCCGGGGGACACGCCAUGCUCCGGGGGACACGCCGUGCUCCGGGGCGCCGGCAGCGGAGCGGGCGCCGCGGGGCCCGGGCGCUCCCCCCGGGGCAACAGCUCCACGCAGCGCCCGGGGCGGGGUGGGACGCGGGCUCGCCUCCCUCCGCACGGCGGGGAAAAGGCAGAAAAGCGGCGGCUCCCGCCCCGCUGCCGGCGCUCCCGAACCCCUCCCCAGCACGGCCGCGGGCUGCGGGAGAAGGGCAACGCACUCCGCCGAAAGCCCCCCGAACCGAAAGGGGAGGAGCGCCGAGGGGCUCGGAGGACUCACCGCAGCGCGGCCGCCGUUCCUGCCGGGGCGGAGGGCUCGCUGCCCGCGGUCCGCCCGCCGUUCCUGCCGGGGCGGAGGGCUCGCUGCCCGCGGUCCGCCCGCCGUUCCUGCCGGGGCGGAGGGCUCGCUGCCCGCGGUCCGCCCGCCGUUCCUGCCGGGGCGGAGGGCUCGCUGCCCGCGGUCCGCCCGCCGUACCUGCCGGCGCGGCGCUGCGCUGCGCGGCGCGGAGCCCGCCCGGCCCCUGCCCACAAUGGGCCGCGCCCGCCCCGCCCGGCGCGCUGGCGUCACCGCCCGCCCGCCGCCGGGACUUGUAGUGACGCGCGGGGCGGGGGCUCCGCCACCGGGGGUGCCCUGCUGGGGGUACCGCACCGGGGCCGCUAG